AUGAGCAAAUUAUUUUGUAACGAGUCUUUGGAUUAUUUUCCCACAUACACUGAACUUAAAGAUCUUCGUUCGACUUUUAUCACCAACUGUAUUUUUAACAAUUUUUUAACUCACACCUCCAUCAUGUUGAAUAUUGUGACAAUCUACGCCAUCCACAAAACUUCGGCAAUCGCAAAAACUUUGAAAACUUUGCUGCUGAGUCUUGCCUUCUCGGAUGUUGCUGUUGGUUUGUUUAGCCAACCAAUAUACACUUUCUUUCUGGUCAAGUGGUUGCAUCUGGAACAUAUUAACUGUAAUACUUACCAAGUGCUUAAUAUUCCGUUUUUUUUAUUCUUAACUGCUUCUUUUCUUGGUGUUGUGGCUGUAGGUGAAGACAGGUUCUUAACUGUUCAUCUUCAUCUCAGAUAUCAAGAGCUUGUGCCUCGCAAGCGUGUUGUUGUUGUGGUGAUCGGAAAAUGGUUGUGCUGUGCAUUUGUUUCUUUGAUGUUAUUGUGGAGCCCACCUAGUGCCCUGGAUCUUAUUGAUUUGGUUGUUACAGCUUUCGGUUUCAUUGUCACAUUCGUGGUGUACAUCAGGAUAUAUUUUACUGUACGACGGCACAAGAAUCAGAUUCAUUCUUUGCAAGUACAAGAAGUAGCUCAUUCUGAUGAAAUAAAGAGCUCUAUUGUUCUCUUGAAAUCCACAGUUGGCAUAUUCUACGUAUAUCUCGUGUUUUUAAUUUGUGAUUUGCCUUAUUUUAUCUACAUGGCUGUUAUUCGAAUGUAUGGCUCGAGUACCGCUUUAAAACAAUUUUUUCUUUACUCACUGACUCUCAUGUACCUGAAUUCAUCUUUAAACCCUGUCAUUUACUGCUGGAAGACGAGACACGUUCGACACGCUAUCAUGGACAUACUGCGAAAGAUGUCUUGGAAGAGAAAUUGGCCAUUACGGAUAAACUACAAUCGAUCAUCGAGAGUCGCCCAUGUUGAUAACUGA